CAGUCACUCCAGUGCUAGAGAAUUUAAACCAACCUUGGCAUCUUUGGUUGCCCAUUAUCAUUCCAAAACCUUAAUUAGAUUAGAGUACCAACUCCAUUUUUGGGACCUUGAAUGGAUUCAGAACACCAAAAUAAUUCACUCAAGUGCUCGUCAUCACAGAUGCUCACGGACCCAAUAUGCACCAACCCUUUUUGCUUCUUUUGCACCAUGAAUGAGCCAGACCCACCUCUCAGAAAAACCAAAAUGGCUCAGUGUUUCAAAGAAAUGCCUCUCAGAGAUGACCAAGAACAUGUCUUGGUCUUAAGUGGGCUCUGGAACAUUGCCAUGACUCAACCUGACGACCCUGAAUUCCCAUCUCUUGGCAUCUUUGAGUGCAUGAAGAAACUGAUAUACAGAGGCAUCAAAGAUAAAGAAUGGCUUCUUAGAGACCAAAAUAUCUAUAUUCCCUACUAUGCAGCUCAUAUCAUUGGUUCCUACACAAUGAACAAGGCUGAAUUUGCAGAGAAAGCGGUUAACUCAGGCGCGGUUUUGCCCCUGAUGGAGCUUCUUAGAGGAAAGAUCACAUGGGUAGAGCAAAGAGUUGCAGUCCGAGCACUAGGUCACCUGGCUAGCCAUGAAAGGACCUUUGAAGCCAUUGCUGAUCAUGAAGACGAGAUCGUAGAAUUGGCCAAAGAGUUAGCUUGCAAUUGCCUUAAAACAAUCUAUAAAAAAUUUCUUGGUGUAAAGGAUAUCAAGAGACUCGAGUACCACCGUGACCUGCUCACAAGAGGACUUGGAGGGAUAGAGUUAGAGAACAGAAAGGCAGAGGAAUGGGCUAGCCAGUUACAGUGCUGGUCUCUGUAUCUCUUAAACUGCUUUGCAUGUAAAGAAAGAUCUCUUAGUCUCAUCUGCAAGAAACACUUCUUGAAGGAUCUGUGUGGCAUGUGGGGUGGCUUAGGGAAUCGAACAUCACCUGGUGGGAUUGGACUCAUAAGAAGUUUAUGCAACACCAAAACUGGAAGAGAAAGUAUAGCAAAUUUAGAAGAAGUGAAAAUGAGUCUCUGCAACACUUCAAGAUCUUCUGAUGAUUGGCAGUACAUGGCUAUAGAUUCUCUUAUCUUACUGCUCAAUGACAUAGAUACCAGAUAUAAAGUCCUCGACAUCGCCGCUUCAUUUCUGGUUGACUUGGUAGAGCUAAGAAGCUUAAAUGAAAGAACCAAAAUUGGAGAAGCAAUCGCGCAGACACUUUUACAAGAUUACCAUAAGAUCAAAUAUGGGGGAUUGAGUUUGAAGAGCCAAAGUGCAGAGGAAGCAUUAAAGGAGACAUGGGAAUUGAAGGUAGAAAGAAGAAAGAGAGAGGAGCUAAUUUCUGAACAGGAAUUGAAAGUGAGAAAAGAUUUUGUCCGCACAUUAAAACAAGAAGGGAACAAUUUGUUCUGGUCUGGCUACAUUGAAAAUGCUGUCAUCAAGUACACGAAAGCUAUGGAUUUGUGCCCACUAAAGAUGAGAAAAGAGAGGAUAGUUCUUUAUAGUAACAGAGCUCAGUGUUACUUGUUGCUUAAAAAACCAGAAGAAGCCAUUAGUGACGCCACUAGAGCUUUGAGCCUAUCGAGUGCCGAAAGUCCUCACAGUAAGAGCCUAUGGAGAAGAUCACAAGCUUACGACAUGAAAGGGAUGGCUAAGGAGAGUUUGAUGGAUUGUUUAACGUUCAUCAAUGGUCACACGAUGUCUGAACAAGCCAAGCAUGUUAAGAUCCCAUACUACGCAGCUCACAUGAUCAACAAGCAAAUGAAUGCCACGUGGCUUUUCGCAGGUGUGAAGUCAAAAAACAAAUUUGAAGAAAAAGUAGACAAAUCCAAUGGAGAGGACAAAAUGACGACAAUGGUGAUCAAAGGCAUUCUUGGCAUGCCCACUAUUCUAGAAGAAUCACUGGGCGGAAAGAGGUGGGGGAGAAGCAAGCAAGCAAGACAGGGCGAAACGCAGGAGAGAAGCUGGAGGUAUCACUUCUGAUUUGGCACGUGUGAAAAUGAGAUGAGAAUUGAGAACGGAGCAUCAGGAGACCAUACUUGAUGAUAAUCUACGAUUAAUGUAUAAUUUUCCAGAGUUAAUUAAGGAUUUAAAGUCUAAGAUUGUUCCCUCUUAAGCAUGAUUUAGCUGAUUAGCUGGGUUACAGUUUAUGACCCGUAAUCUAAUGAGGAUCAAAAGAUUAUAAUACCUAA